GGGGGGAAAUGUUACUGUCGCCGAUUAAUGACGUAAUUGUAGGCGUUUAUGAACGUCAUGGCGGCUCAUGCUAGCGAGCUUGAGAUUGCAAAGAAGAAUUUAACGGAUGCAAUUGGCGAUAAUGUCAAACAUUACUGGGCAAACCUGAAGCUGUGGUUCAAACAAAAGAUCAGCAAGGAAGAGUUUGACAUUGAGGCGCGUAGGCUGUUGGCACAGGAGAAUGUCCAUGUUCACAAUGAUUUUCUCCUGGCUAUUCUUACACGGUGCCAGAUCAUCGUCUCCACACCAGAGGGUGCAGGGUCGUUGCAGUGGCAAGGUAGCUGCGCUUCAAAGCCCGGCAAACCGAAGGGGAAUAAGAAAUGUUCCUCUAGGCAAAAAUUCGACCAUCGUUUCCAGCCUCAGAAUCCUCUGAGCGCCGCCCAGCCAUUCAGCCCGAGGGAGGGGGGAAGUGAGGAGGAAGAGCUGCGUCUCAGCGCCCACACUCUGCUGCUGCCCACACGGGGCCAACUGGAGGCUCGCAUGAUGGUGACCGCCUUUGAGGUGGGCUUGGAUAACGUCACAGAAGAUGCCAUCAGCACCAUGAUCUAUGCCGUUGAGCACCACUUGAAAGAUGUCCUGACUGCCAUAAUCAUGCGGAGGAAGGCGUAUCGAUUACGAGACAGCCGUUUCCCCUACGCCUUUGGCAAUGAUGUCACGCCUCAACCCUAUCUGAAAAACAGCCUUGCUGCUUACCACAGUGUUGCUGAAUGUCCGCCACAGAGUGCUUCCCUCCCUGCAGGCCCACCACCGCAGGUGUCACCCGAUGAGGCUGAGCAGCAAGCUGUUCAUUUGCUGGCUUGUUCUGCUGACAGUCUUCCUGCGCCGCUCCCUCCAAUCAGCAUGUUUGAUCUCCUCGAGGCUUUACAGGUUCACCACGGCGUGAUGCCCUCCCACACCAUGUACGCCCUCAACAUGGAACGCGUCCUGUCACGGCUUUGGCACCCCAGCCAUGAAGAACUAGAGCAGGACCACGUCCACCGGCAGCGCAUAGCUGCUAAAGAGGGCGUGCUUGUCAGCUGAGAGCCCCCGGCCACAGGACUGUGCACAGACUAUGGGGGUUAUCAGGAACCAAACACAAGAACGACCCCCAGAUAAAUAUAAUUUAGGAACUCUGUGUUCGAGAACUUAAAGCUGUUUAGAAGCUGGAAAAAUUUGUGUUGCACAGAAAGAUGGAGGACAAGUAAGAUCAAAAGAAGCUGUUGGAUGAGACCAGAGCAGCCAGUCGGCUCCAGUAAUCAACUCCACCAGUCGUUUCUGGCAGACAACCGUCAUUUUGUAACUUCUGUUCCAUAGUAGAAUAUAGUGUUUAAUUUUAUGUACACUGUCUGGGGAUCCAGUGCAGGAUGCAGUUGUAGAGUUUGUGGAUAAGAUGCCUUAACAGACCAAACCCUGUCUGACUUGCCUCGAGUUCCUCUUUGUUCACAUUGUUAGAUACGCAUCAAAACAUCCUGUAAAGAUACAGAAAAGCACAUAUCUAAUCCUCGAGUGUUGUGUAAAUAACCAGUUCACAACAUGACAUACGGCACGUAUAAAAGAUUACAAGUAUUUAAAUGGUCAUAAAAGUCCUGGACAGAACAUGCAGGUGUAUUCAUUUAAUGGCUGAUUAAAUCUUGUGUCAGGCUGAAGUUGAGGGAAUCUGUGAGGAGCUUAUCUAAACCAAUAUACCAAGACUCAAGUUAAACAUAGAAACAGUCCUGUCAUAACAGGUAGGGCCAGGGUGUAUCAGCCAGUGAGUGAAAGCACCUGUGUGGGUUUACAGUCUGUGUGUAGGGUCUUUAAACUGCCAGACAGCUGCUUCCUCCAAUCAUUUACCACCAGAAGCUGGUAAAUGAUUGGGCAUGAACAUAUGUGCAAUCAUUUACCAGCUUCUGGUGUCAUUGUUGGACUACAGAGUCUGUUUUUUGUUUUAUUUUGUUUUAAUUUCUUUCCAAGUAAUUGAACAUGUGCCCCUCUGUUCAGGUUAAAUGUAUAAAAUGUAUACAUUUGUACUUUUUUUUCUACAGAAACUUAUUUAUAUUACAGACAGUAGUUGAGAAAAUAAAUUUAAAAAAUAC